AGUAGUCGCGGACAAAUUUACCCAACGUUUCCCCUUCGCUCGGGAUGAGGAGAAAGUCGUGCACUGCUGGGUGUCGUUCAAAACCGACGGAAAGAAGAGCGUUUUUUCCCGAAGUUCCGGCUCUUUAACUGCCUCUUACGUCAUCAAUUCGCGCUGAAGCGAUGCCGAAGCCCCAGGUGCUGCCGUAAAAUGAACCAGUCUGAGUUAGCCGGGAUUCCGGCAGUGGCUGCGGUUGUACGGAGGCCUAUCGUGCAAGAAAAUAGUUUCGGAGAGCUGGGAAGGAAGAAUGUUUAAUAGCUACUUUAUGGAUGCAGUAAAACAUUCCCCCGCGGGGCCGCGGUCUCGAGUGAUGGUUUGCAGGAAAAAAAAUAAUUGCAUGACGGUCCUCUCCUUACCUGUAGUUUGAAUUAUUCCUGGUAUUGGCUUUUAAGAUGAGUAACAGCUCUUCCUCAAGAUUGGAAGACAGAGUUCUGCAAACUCUGACAAAAGUUUUUGGAUUUAACUCUUUCAAGACUUCAUUGCAAGGAAGUGCAACUAUCACUGUGGUGAAAGGAGAAAAGGAUGUCUUUGUAUGCAUGCCGACGGGGGCAGGGAAGUCCCUGUGCUAUCAGCUUCCAGCAGUUUUGGCAAUGGGCAUCACCCUAGUGAUUUCACCCUUAAUUUCACUUAUCCAGGACCAAGUGGAUCAUUUGCUCUCUCUCAAAGUCAGAGUAAGCUCUUUUAAUUCCAAGAUGUCUGCUCAGGAGAGAAAAGCCAUCCUUGCUGACCUGACAAGUGACCACCCUAAGAUAAAGCUCCUGUACAUCACUCCAGAGAUGGCAGCUUCUGCUUCCUUUCAUCCCACCUUGGAGCGUCUAAUGUCUCAAAAUCUUAUCUCUUACCUGAUAGUUGAUGAGGCUCACUGUGUUUCCCAGUGGGGGCACGACUUCCGACCUGACUAUCUACAUCUUGGCUCCUUGCGUUGUCGCAUACCCAAUACACCAUGCAUAGCCCUGACGGCCACAGCUACUAAGCGAGUUCAGGAAGAUAUUAUAGCCCUGCUGAAGCUAAAGCAGCCUGUUGCUAUCUUCAGGACCCCUUGCUUCAGGCCCAAUCUUUUCUACGAUGUGCAGUAUAAAGACCUUUUAGCAGAUCCCUAUGAAAAUCUGAAGGAUUUCUGUCUGAAGUCCCUUGGACAACAAAAUGAAUUGGGGGGGUAUCCUGGCUGUGGAAUUAUCUACUGCAGGAUGAGAGAUGCUUGUGAGCAAGUGGCUGUUGAGCUAAGCAAUAGGGGAGUAAAAGCCAAGGCGUAUCAUGCAGGGCUGAAGGUAGCAGAGCGAACUUCAAUUCAAAAUGAAUGGAUGGAGGAAAAAUUUCCAGUUAUUGUUGCUACUAUCAGUUUUGGAAUGGGAGUUGACAAAGCAAAUGUCAGAUUUGUUGCACACUGGAAUAUUUCAAAAUCAAUGGCUGGAUAUUACCAAGAAUCGGGAAGGGCAGGAAGAGAUGGGAAUACAUCCAGCUGUCGUCUUUAUUACUCUCAAACUGACAGAGAGCAAAUCUGCUUUCUUAUCAGGAAAGAAAUUGCUACACUUCAGGAGAAACGAGGUGCCUUGAAGGAGUCUGAUAAAGCUGUGAUGAAAGACUUUGAGGUUAUGGUCGCCUUCUCUGAAAAUCUUGGUUGUCGUCAUGCUGCCAUAGCCAGCUACUUUGGAGAUGGCAUUCCCCAGUGCAACAGAAGCUGUGAUUACUGUAAGAAUCCAGCAGCAGUGAAGAAGCAAGUAGAAGCAUUACAGCACAGUACCAAGAGCUGGAGUAGAACCUACAUUGGACCUUCUGCUUCAUCUUGGAAUGCCUGUGACCUUGAGCUAUAUGAAGGAGGAAAGCGAGGCUAUGGUGGCUUCGAAAGAUAUGAUGAAGAUACCAGGUGUGUGGGUGAAGUUCAUGAGGACAGUCAGAAAAAGGAGUGGAACAGUUUGUAUAAGAAACAGAUGAAGUUGCGCAAGAGCAAAGAACCUGAAAAUGAUAACUUUGUUCUUCCAGAUACUGAUUGUCCCUUGAAGGAUGCAGCCAGCAGGAAAAUUGCUAGAAUUACAGUAAAGGCUCGAGAACACUGCCUUAAGAUGCUGGAAGAAGCACUGGUCAUCAACCGGCAAGCAGUCCCAGUAACAGAGAGUUCAGGUCUUCUAGCAUGGGCUGUAGAAAUGGAAUAUGAGGCUUUCCGGACCAGUAAGAUGGCAAACCUAUACAAGGCAUCAGUUCUAAAGAAGGUCACAGAAAUUAACAAAGCUUCCAAAAGUGGGGAGUUGUAUGCCUUCCUGGACUUGGGAAUCAGUGACAACCCCAAGAUGAAAGCUGAACCAACUGCUACACCUGAUGAUGUAUUCUGUCAAGCAUCCAAAGUGAAUACAUUCAAACCCAAGAGAGUGGGGAUUGGAUUUCGACGGAUGUCUGGAAUGUUCCAGUCUGCUUCAGAGGUUCUAGCUGCCAAGGAAGGAGAUGAAGUUAAUCUUGUGAAGGAGGAAAUUGGCUCAAACUGGAAGGAAGACUGUAGCUGUGGUCCCAAGCCCUUGGAUAUGGAUGACAUUCUUGAGAAUAAGGAGGAAGUGACCAAAAGAAUCUGCAAAAAUGGUGGUGAAAUCCCUGAAAAAAAGGAACUGCAUGGCACUGCUGAGGCUGUCACCUCCUUGGUGGUUAGUCCUGAAAAAAGGAAACCUACUAAGAAGCAGAUGCUCUUGGCAGAAGCAGCUAGGAAAGAAUCUCAGAACAUCUCCAAAUUCUUCUCCAUCCCCAAAGUAGGAUGUAAAGCCAAGGCUUCAAAAAUUGACUUGGCAGAAGAAGAAAUCAGUUGUCUCAAUGAACUGCCUCAGUUGCCCUCCCGAAGGGUGUGUGAGGAGAAAGCUGAACUUCAGGAAACUGAAAUUGUCUAUAAGGAAGAAGUAACAAGUUCAUCCCAGAAAAAAGAGCAGGAAUCCAAGAAUAUAGAAGAUCUGCCUUUGAGCAGUCAAAGCUUAGGGAGAGAGUCCUCGUGCUCAGGAUCAAGUCUUAAGAAACUAAAGGCUGAAUCUUUGGUUGAAGAGGAAAUAACCAACAGUUGUGAAAAUCUUAAUGGAAAAAGACCAGGCUCAGCUGAAGAUCUGGAGAGCCCUGCUGAAAAGAGGCUACGGAUGAUGAACAAGUCUUCCAUCUUGUGGCAGUCAGAGGGGAAAGCUGGUGGGCUGGCAAAAAAGAAAGUCACUUUUGACCCAAACUUGUCACAGAUUGAUAAAGAAGGGGCCACAAGAGCCAUCCAGCCACCUACGAAAACAUUGUCACUUAAGGAAACAGCAGAUAUUGUUGUAAAAUAUUUGACUCCUUUCUACAAAAAUGGGAAAUUUGCAUCUAAGGAUUUGUUCAAGGGAUUUGCCCGACACCUCUCUCACUUGUUGGCUGCAGAUAAAAGUAGUUUCCGCAAGACAGUGAAAGAAGAAGCGCAGAGGCUGAUCAAGACAUUUUUCAGAAGACGGGACAAGUGUGAAAGCGAAACAGACUGGCAAGAGCUGACCAGCUUGGAAACGUGACUCAUGAAAGGCCCUGCUUCGCUUUGCUGGUUGUGACAAAAGACUGUCCCUCCAGACUUCACUGUAGCUGCGCUUUGUAAUGAUUCGAUGGGGAAGCGGAGGGAGAGGGCAAGUGAGGAGAGCGGGGCACCAGGGUUAGGGACUUCAUCUGCACAACAGAUUUUCCCUGUCUGAAAGAAACUUAAGUCAUGUCGCUGUCAGGUUUUGGAUGCAGUCCACUUUCCUUCUUCUAGCAAGUAUGAAUGAGCUGGUUUUUAGUAUUUGACUAGGCGUAUGGUUUUGACUUGAGACUCUCCCAAUCUUUUAAUACGGAUUUUACUGGCAGCAGCCUUAAACAGAAGACAUGCAUUUGCCUCACUCAGGGUUUCUUUGCUGUGAGGGUGCGUUGUUAUAGGGUACUUUGGAGAAGCCCGGCUAGUUUAUCAUUGGAAGGAAACCCGGAAGGGUUAUUUUGGCCAAAGCUCUUUGGAUUUUUGUUCUUUUAUGAUGUUGACAUGUUUCUUUUACUCUGAAAGUAUUCUCCUGCACCAGAAUUUUUUUUUUAAUUAAAACUCAUACACUGUAACAAAAUGAGAACCCCUAAGCUGACUGGGCUGCAUGUUGACAGAAUCUUCCCUGAGUUGGUAAUAUAAUAUCAAUUUCAGUACAGUAAAUUAAGGGCAUAGCAACCAGUAUUAAUUAAACUAAUGCAGCUUUUUUUAAAGAGCUGUUUAGGGAGGAACUUCCAAUAUGGGCAGCAGGAACUUUAUUGAUGCUUAACCUUUCCUAUGUUAUUUCUGUUCCCAACUGCUGCUCCAGCAACCCUGCUCCCACACGAAGUCCUCAGUGCACAAUUGCUGGAUUCUGUCCUGCUCCUGUGUCGGUCAGUAUUUGCUAUGUGCCCUUCAGGGAUCCCCUGCCUGGUGCCCUUUAGAUGUGUCUGGCCUGCAGCUUCCUUCAUCUCCCGCCAGUAUGACCAGCAACUUUGUUGGCUGGGAACGAUGGAAGUUAUAGUCAAGGCUGGGUUUGGGAAGAGAGUUCUGAAACUUUAUUUUUAAGGAGAGAAUGAUAUUGAGUCUUUCUUCUGCUCCUUGAUGGCAUGUCUUUCUUUAUCCAAGCAGGAAGGUGCACAGCUAUUAUGACUGGAAAUGUCUAGUUAGGAGCAGAUUUUUUUUUUCUGUCCAUGAAACCUCAGGAAUAAAAAGAGACCACAGGUCAAUACUCCCCUCCCCAAAGAUUCUGUUCUUUGCUAUCAAUCCAAUGGAAAUGCUUAAAAUAUUAAGGAAAAUUGCCAUUGCAGUGUCAAUGCGCAUCACUCUAUAAUUAUGUAGAAGAAAUAUUUUGUAUUACAUUUUUAUUUUUGCAUAUGGAGUAAAUUCUGGACCCUUACAGGAGAUCAUUAUUCACAAACAUUUCCAGUGGGUUCUUGCAAGGCUGUUUCACAGAUUAGUUGUAUGGUGAGGAGCUAUAACUUUUGGGGGGAAUCCUUGGAAUCGCCACAUAUAUAAAACGGGUUUAUUGCAUUAAUAUACAGUUUAUGUGUAUAUGUAUGCAUGCUUUUAGGUAAAUAUGUAAAAUUAGCACCUUAAAAUAUAAAAAAUGUGAGAAAUUUAUCAGCCACUAUAGUCUCCAGUUCCCACCUUGAGGACAAGGUGCUUCAAAUUGCUUUGUUGUCAGGCAAGGAAAAAAAUAUUUUCACAGCCUGCUUACAUGUCCUGUCAUAACUAGGGAAAUAAAUGUGCGUUUGAAAGAGAGAUUUUUUUCCCCGUAGGUCAAAUACUUAAAAGCCAUAUUGCUGUGCUGUGCCUCCAACCUGGACCUAACUAAUAACUCAGUAUUAUGGCAAAGUGGCCCAGAGCUUAUAAGGAGAAUGCUCCUUUAUUGGUAUUUAAGAGGAACUGGACAUACUUGGAGAUUCUUGGUUAAAAUAGUAAUUUUUAUCAUUGUGGUUUUUUGACCCGUGCCUUAGAUCUGUCCCUAGAGAAGCCACCAAUCUUUCUGGUGCUGAAAGCUCAUAGAUGAUGGUGGAACUGUGGAAGAGAUCUUCUAAAUAGCUUCUGCUGGGGCAAUAGGUUUUGUUACUUUAAAGGUACAUGGCAAGCUGCUAAUAAAAUGAAUGUUAAAGACGU